GGGGGCAGUAAAGAGCCGCCGGUCCGGAGAUCUGACGGUAAGUGGAAGUAGAAGAAGAAGAAGCAUCAUUCUCCCCACGAGGACCAACAUGUCUCCGCCAGGAGGGAAAAUAAACCGGCCGAAAACAGAACUCGGCAGGAAUCUGAACAAGCGGCGGCGAGUUCUGAGCAGAGAGAAGAGGAAGAGACGUCUGAUAGUCGGAGCCGUGGUCGACGAGGGACUCAUCACCAUCCAUCACCUGAAGAAGAGAAAGUCGAGCGCGCGGGCGAAUAUCACGCUCUCCGGGAAGAAGAAGAGGAAGCUGAUCAAACAGCUGCAGCACAUGCAGCAGGAGAAGGCCAGCAUGGAAGUGGCAGCGGCAGCAGUGGCAGCGAAGAAACCGGAGUCCUCAUCAGCUCCAACCAAGAAGAAGAAUAAGAAGAAGAAGAAGGGAGCAGCCGGGUCACAUGAUGACGUAGAGAUGGCCGACGCCGAAUGAAGAGAGGACCGAUCGUGGCUCGUUUCUCAGACGUGUAGAGCAGCGUCCCGUCUUCACCUGAACGGAGAGACGGGUCGCGGUCCGUCUCGGAACUGAACUCUGAAACAGCAUGCGAGGAGAAUGGGCCAUGACGUCGUUGAAUGUCGCGAAAACGACAUAACUUGUGAUCAAGGAGCGUAACUUUGGGUUAAACAUUUUGGGGGGUAAGGGGGAGGGGGGGGUUGAGAUCUCCACCCAUGUAGCGAAAACGUUUGUUUCAACGUUCGUGGGGAUAAAAAAAGAAAUGUUGAGCAUCAAAUGCUUCAUUUUCUGCAUUCUGGUGAAUUUUUUUUGCAACAAUUUAUUAUUAUUGAAUGAAUCUGCUGUAUUGGGUUAAACGUUGUGCAGAUUCAAAACAUUAAUCGUGUUUCAGGAUGUUUUGUAGGAAUUAUGCACAUCUUAACAACAAACAUUUGCUCGCCACAGCAUUUAAACUCACUGGGUCUUAUCUCGCACCUGGCACAACCGAGUCUCUGCUAGUUUAAGACCAGUUGUCAGUUUCCCGUCCAGCGCCCACAUUGUUUAAAUAGCACAUGCACCUGCACCCAUCUGUGGUCUUACAGGGAGGUGUGUUCAGGUGUGUUCAGGUGCA